AUGAGCUAUGUUGAUGGACAAUCAGUUUAUCAAGUAGAAUUCAAAUUAAAAAAAUUAAAUAAUCUUUUAGUUGAUGAUUUGUAUAUUGAAAUGGAAUUAAAAAAUAAACAAGAAGAAAGUAUAGGAAAAUAUUCAACUAAAUUAAAAGUAUUUUCUAACACUGAAGGGCUUUCAGUAUUAAAUUCUAUAGAAAGCAUUGAAAGAACUGGUAAUGGUUAUACAAUUAAAUUUUAUUAUAGUGGAAUGUUUAUGGAAGGAUUAAUGAGCGAAAUAAUUGAUAAUGUUGUUAUCAAUAAAACAAAUGUUACAAAUAAUUAUGAAGAAAAGAUAGAUGAUAUAGUAAAUCAAAUUAAUGAAUUAAGAAAUCUUGUUAUAACUAAAAGAGGUAUAAAUCAAUGUACAGAGGUUAAAGAAAGUAAUGAAAAAACAGAAGAAGUAUUAAAUCAAAUGAUUAAAAGAAUAACUUCAUUAGAAGAGCAUAUGAAAAGUUAUGAAGGAUUAGGAGAAUUAAUAAAAAGUAGUAUUGUUAAUAUGGAUAAUAGAAUGAAUGAAUUAGAUAAUCAAUUAAAAGAAGUUAAAUUAAAAGAACAACAAUUAGGAGAAAUUACAGUCCAAUCAAAUUCUGAUAAAAGACCUUCAGUUGAUUGUGUUAUAGAAGAAAAAUUUAAUAAUUUUAAUAAAGAAGUAUCAAAGUUAAAGCAAGACAUGUCUACAACACUAAUUGAAAGCCAAAAUAAACAACAAAAAAUUAUAGAAGAAAUAACUUCAUUAAAAAAUUGGUCAACUCAAACUGAUAACUUAUUAUUUAAUAUAAAUCAAACGGUCAAUAGUUUAAUGGUUUCUUCUUCAUCUAAAAUUAGUAGACAAACAACAGAAAUAUUACAGUAUGGAAGUGAAUACACAAGUGAAGCUGGUGGUUCAAGAGGAAGUUCUUAUAGAACUCCAACACUUGGUUCUGCACCAGAUUCACCACGAAAAACACAUACUGACAAAAUAGGAGUUGUUACUUCAUCAGGAAGUAAACUUGAAGAAGAACCUAAAAGAAAGAAACUACAUCAAAAAAAAUCAAUAUCUAAGACUAUGAAAGACCUUAGUACUAAUGGGUCUUUUUCAAGUCUUUCUAGACAUAAAACUAGUAAUGAUAUUCAUGGAAUAGUUAGUCCAAGAGGUGAUAAUGAUAAAGUGAUUAGUAUAAUUGAAGAAACUAAAAAAAGGAAAUCUACUAGUUCAAUAUCCUCAAAAUCACCAAGACCUAAAGCAGUAAUUGUAGAUAAAGAUAAUUUAAAAGAAGAAUUCGAAAAAAAGAAAAUACAAAAUCAGAAGAAAGAAGAAGGAACACAAACAAAAAAUGAUUUAAUUUUUAAACAAAUACGUGAUGGUGAAAUUAUGCAUAUGAUUUGUAAUGAAGAUGAAGAUAAAGAAAGAAUGGCUAAAGAAUGGGUAGAAGAAAAUAUUAAGAGUAUUGAUUUUUGGGAAAAUUUUGAUUCACAAAGACCAAAAGGUGUUUUUAUUAUUUGCAAUAAAAUCAGUGAAGGAAAACAGAUGAAGAAAAGACUUGAAAUGAUGUUUGGAAAAAUAAAAAUUGGAAUUUUAGGACUUGAAGAAAUGAAAGAAGAGAGUAAAGAAGAUGGAUAUAUUGAAAUUACAAUUCAAGAUAAUAGAGUUGAAGAUAAAGAAGAUAAAAUUAAAAAUUUGGUUAAAGAAUGGGAUUAA